AUGGAUAGCGAUAAGAUAAAAGUUAUUCAAGACUGGAGAGUCCCCAUUUUAGUGGCCGAUGUACGAUCCUUUUCUGGAAUUAGCAAACUACUACAAGCGAUUCAUCGAAGAGUUUUCACGACGAGUCAUCCCAUUAACAGAACUAUUGAAGAAAGACCACCCCUGGUCGUGGUCAGACGAAUGUCAAAAGGCCUUCGAAGAUCUGAAGGAAACCAUGAUGAAGGCCCUAUCCUUGGCUUGGUAGACGUCUCUAAGCCUUUCGAAAUAGAGAUGGAUGCAUCUGACUUUACCCUUGAGGAUGUCCUUAUCCAAGAAGGCCACCCCAUGGCCUAUGAAAAUCAAAAGCUCAAUAAUGUAGUAGAUACAUAUCUCUGA